AUGAAGCUCGAAUUACUACUUACAGUGAUGGCGCUGGCCCCGGCAACCUUGGCUAGGUUGUGGGGCGGCCGAGACGAUGAUGUCGCCAAACUGGAUAACGAGGACCUGCAGCCACUAGGCAAAUGGACAUCCACCACCACCACCUGGGAGACGAUAGACGACACGCCUACGGAUGCCUUGAUUUCCGUCAGUACUGUCGUCUUCGUCGAGCACCUCUACACCACCCCUGGGUACUCAACCUGGCUGAAUUUCAAGUCGGAAAGUUGGACCAGCACGAGCACGACUUUCACAACCACAACUGUCACCCAUAUUCCCCAUAUCGUCUACUCGACAGAUAGCGGAGCGUCCAAGAUCCAACUCGCCAAGAGGAGCACCGUUUCCGUAACGGACUGGGUUACGGUCACGAGGGAUCCUGACAACCCAGAGGGGACGACGGAGGCUUCGUCCUCCUCGGAGACUCUCACCAGCCCCCCGAUGGGCUCACCAGAGGCACCACCAUCCUCGGCCACCGCUGCAACGACUACAGCCUCCUCGAGCUCGUCUGAGGCCCCAAGUCCGGCUAACUCGAGCACAUCGGCCUCCCCGUCUCCCUCUAGCACCUCAGCUGUGUCGGGUGCUCCGCCCAUAACUUCAUUGGCUUCUUCAGAGGAAUCGACUCCCACUCCCACGUCGUCUGUAGACUCUUCCUCCUCCUCCCUGGCAGCUCCACCAGCGCCUGUGACGUCUACCGCACCGAUCCCUUCUGAGUCACUCACCGAGCCAGCUGGUCCGCCGUCCUCUUCGGAGUCGCUCCCUCCCGUUAGCUCGUCCGACCUGUCUUCUUCCUCGUCCACUACCACUAAUCGCCAUCGACAUCCCUCGACUCUCCGGACGCUCACGACCGGGUUCAGCGCACCAAUAUCAAGCACUGUUACCUUCAUCAUGUCGUCACAUGAUGGCACGCACUUUUCAGAGGCCUUGGCCCCAAGCUCCGAGGAGCUGGCCCCAGCGGCGCCGACGCUUUCAGAGAACCUCCCACCAAGCUUGGGCGACGAGGUCACGAACUCGGUCACGGCGCCGUUCACCCUGACGCUCACUGCCCCGCCUGCAACUUCGACCAGCGUCCGCUGCGACGAUUCGUGGUGCUCCAACGACGGGACCUCAUACUGCAUGCGCUGGGAUGGCAUCUCGGGUACCAAUUCUUUCGGCAUCGUAACCCCGGGCGAGGUGUUCACGACCAUCGGACUGUGUACCAAGACUGUAUACACUCAGAAUACGCAGGUGACGACUGAUGAUGGUGGCUCGCCCGUGCCGGCUGUUACACCCCUUCGGCCAGGCAGCGAUCGGAUGCGGCUUGCCUGA